AUGACGUCCCACAGACUAAGGUUUACAACUUCUGACCUUUUCCGUCCAGACUACUUUGAUGCAAGCUCUCUACCGUCCAGCAGCGAGAGAUCCUCAAGCUCUGCUCCUCAUUUGGAUAUCAAAGAAGGAAUUGAAAGCGAUGAGGAGAUACGGAGAGUUCCGGAGUUUGGUCCGGACCAGACACAAAUAACGGUCAGAGGAGAGGGUCAAAGGAAGCGAGGGAGGACUCCGGCUGAGAAAGAGACCAAGCGGCUAAAGAGGUUGUUGAGGAACAGAGUUUCAGCACAGCAAGCAAGAGAGAGGAAGAAAGCUUACUUGGGUGAAUUGGGAAACAGAGUGAAAUACUUGGAGAACAGAAACUCUGAACUUGAAGAGAGACUUUCUACUUCGCAGAACGAGAACCAGAUUGUUAGAACCGAGUUCGGUCGAAACUAG